GCUUUUCCAGCCAAUCACAGCGCCGCUCUCUUGCUCGUUGUCUCACCAGCAACCAGCAUCCGCUAGCUAGUUUAGCAUCAGGCUGGAGGAGAAGCUAACCCACGGAAACACAGAAACAUCUGUCCACUGUCUUUUGGUUAUGUGUUUCGCUUGAUUUUUUUUUUUUACUGUAGUUACCAGUCUACCGAGUGGCUAAAUCCAAGGCCCAGUGUAAGAUGCAGUUCAUGCUGCUGUUCAGCCGGCAGGGAAAGCUGCGGUUACAGAAAUGGUACGUGCCUCUGUCUGACAAGGAGAGGAAGAAGAUCUCAAGGGACCUAGUCCAGACCAUACUGGCCAGGAAACCCAAGAUGUGCAGCUUCUUGGAGUGGAGGGACCUCAAGAUUGUGUACAAGAGAUAUGCGAGCCUGUAUUUCUGCUGUGCAGUAGAGGAUCAGGAUAACGAGCUGAUCACCCUGGAAAUCAUCCACAGAUAUGUGGAGCUGCUGGACAAAUAUUUUGGCAGUGUGUGUGAGCUGGAUAUUAUCUUCAACUUUGAGAAGGCCUACUUUAUCCUGGAUGAGUUCCUGCUAGGCGGAGAGGCCCAGGAGACGUCCAAGAAGAACGUGCUGAAGGCCAUCGAGCAGGCCGACCUGCUGCAGGAGGAGGCCGAGGCACCACGGAGCGUUUUAGAAGAAAUUGGGCUGACAUAAAUCAUCACCCUGCUGCCUCGCAGUUCUUUCUUCCAGAUGUAGAUCUGGCAACCUCCAUGUCUCUAUCCUGUCUUCUCCUGUUCACGGUGUCAGUGUUGUAUGUAUAUAAUCACCAUCUAUGUACUGUAUUACUCUGUACUGUACAAUCCUAUAAUGUCCUUUCAAUGUGGUGCCAACUGUGGUUUGAAUGUAUCUCCUUAUGUACAAGCUCCCUCACUGUAUUCUGCGGUACUAUGCGCAUAAUUCACUCCCCUAACUUCUGAAAACUCCACAGAGAACAAUGUAGCGAUGACAUGAAAACUCCAGCAUCAUAUUAAGAUCAUCCAUCAUCACCGAUUGCAGAGUUGAAUAUGCUGUUUGGCUUCAAGGACUUUUUGAGGUGCUGUCUUAGCUGUAGUUGGUGCCUCUCGUGUAUCGCCAUUCGAGUAACAGAGCUAAGCAUCUGAUUUCGUGAAUGAAUUAAUACUCAGUGAUUUUUGAAAAACCAAGAAGGUAGGUAAACAAAAUCUACAGCAAUUCUGGUAUUUCCACAGUUCUCAAAAAUAUUCUGUUAGCUGCACACAAAAAGGGUCCUUCCUAAUCCAGGUAGAUGGAAAUUACGUAUCCUCUUUUUACUGAACAGCAAAAUAUUGAUGCAUUAUUUUGUUUGUAAGUAUAAAAUACUUGAAAGAAUCAUUAAUAUCUGUAACAGUAUAACUAACAAUAAAUGCUUUAAAUUCGGUUCACUCAAAAAUGGAGCAGGAGGAUUUGUCAGUUUGGGCUAUCGUCCAAAAAUGCAAAGAUGGGAUACAAGUUAAAAAUCAUUAAUGUGUAGUGGACAGAAUAUUAUUUCAUCCAAAUGGAUAGAAGGGUAUAUGAGGACUCUAGAAAUACCUUUAGAACAGCAGUAAGUGUUGCUAAAUGACCGGGUUUUUAAAGGUCAUGAAUUUAUUUUUUGAAAGAUCUGAUGCUCAGCUCUGUGACUCAAAUGUAAUGGUAACACAUCAGAGGCACCAACGGGGGCUAGUGCUAUUGUGGGAAUCACAAACACUGUUACAAUCACUUCUACAUGAGUAAAUUCAACCCACCAAUUAAGUGUAAUUAAACAACUACCCAUAAUCAAUAUCAAUGUAAACAUUAAGUAGGUUUGUACAAGUUUGCUUGGUGAGUCCUCUCCAUAAAUUAACCAUUUCAUAUUCCUUUUAAAGACUAAUUGUUUACCUUUACUCAACAGCUGUUUGUGUGUAAUUAGUGGGAUGUCUGUUAAAAUUGUUUUUCUGUUGUCUUCAUUAUUUUCCUGACAAAGGCAUUUGUUACCAUUGAAGUUUGUCGUGGCCUCUGAAGAUAAAUCUUAGGUCAGUCUCUCCCUUAGUCUUAGGUCAGGAUAGGAUAUAGACCCAAAUAAAAGAAACAUUAUUUUAUGUAUUAUUAUACUUUGGCUUACUCUUAAAGACUAACAUUUGACCAAAGAACACUGUGUUUUACCUUCUGAAGGGUGUCUACGGAAGGCUAACAUGGGAGAAAAGGGAUUUAAUGAUGGUAGGAUGUUUGACAAAAAACUGUAUGUGGGUGUUAUUUGGCCACACUAUACCAGUAUUAUGUAAUUCUUCCAAUCCAUUCAAAGACAGAUGCAUCCUGGGUUUCUCUAUGGAGUGGGAACGUAGGACGAUAAACUGCACAUAUCAGGGUACAUCAUUAAUAUUCAUCAAUGUCAGCUUGUUUAGUUGUCAGUAAGAUGCAGGACAACAAGUCAGCAAGCUAUGAACAGAUUCUCAUCCCAAACUGUAUGGCAGUCCAGUUUUUUUUUUUAUCUGCACUCUUAAAACCACAAGGUGUUUUUGUUGAACAUUCAUAAGCAAUUAUUAAAGAAGUUCAUCUUUGAUUUGUGCAAAACAAACCACUUACUUUUGUAUUAAACACUGCCAACACAUUUGCCAACUUU